UUGAUUCGUUUUGGAUCGGAUCGGAUCAAAAUCAAAAGAUUUUCCAAGCUUGAGUUUUACCUGUUAGUUUGCUCAUAGCUCUACUGUUGUUCAGUCACUGCGUACUAGGUUGGCCAGUCCCGAAAAUUUUCUGAGAGAGAGAGAGAGGCUACUUUUAUUCUGCUCUGUAUUGGAUCCGAACACGCAGCUCACAGAUCAGACACUUUUUACUGCAUUCAGUAGGGAUCUCACCCAAGACUGAACUACACAAAUGGAUAGCACCACCUGCAAACCCAUUGAAUGUGGAACAUCCAAACAAUGUGGAAGUUGGUGCCUUUUUUGAGAGGCAAUAUGCAAUAUAAGUUAUGGUACAGGUUUAAUUCAGCAAAGUAACUGAGAAAAGAAGAUUUUUUGGCUGCAUAGAACAUGAGUGGAACUGGAACAGCAGACUUCUUCUAUAGAGAGGCUCAGCGCCUGGGCUAUGUUGCACGGUCUGCCUUCAAGCUACAGCAGAUGCAAAAGCAAUAUAAAUUGAUAAAACCUGGGGCAUCUAUUCUUGACCUUGGUUGCGCUCCCGGUGCAUGGCUUCAGGUUGCUUGUCAGAGCUUGGGUCCCUUGAAAAACGGUGGGGUUGUUGUGGGUAUUGAUCUAAAGAAGGUGAAGGUUCCUUCUCUUCAUUGUGAUGCAAGAGUACAAACUGUUUGUGCUGAUGUCAUGAAUCUUCUGAAGAAUGAAGCUAGGGCGCUCUCUCCUCAGGGGAAAGGAUUUUCUGUGAUACUAUCGGACAUGUGCCCACUUGUUUCUGGAAUCACAACUAGAGACGCUGCUUUAUCUGUUGAGUUGGGGAUGCGGGCACUUGAUUUAGCCAUUGGCAGAGCUGCCUUUUCUCACUUGAACAGUAGUAAUACUGAGGAGCUAGAUGCUUCCAGUUCUGGCAUAGACGGAAAUGGCAUUCUGCAACCUGGGGGAAAUCUUGUAGUUAAGCUCCUUGAAAGUGGAGACAUUCAAGACUUCAGCCAAAUCUGUAAACCACUUUUCAAGAAAGCAUCUUGGUUAAGACCCAAAGCAACAAGGUCGUCUUCUAGAGAGAUAUAUUUGAUUUGUCAAGGGUUGCAGUAAGGAAUUGUAGCAAUCAAAACUCUGAGCCUACAUUUGGAUUCAUGCAAUCAAGAUCAUAGAGAAGAGCUAUCAUCUUAAACAGUCUAGGCUGGACAUUUUUUAUCCGAAUUUUUUGAUUGGUUUUGAUCCAUAAAUUUAAGGGUAAUUUACAACACCA